UAUAAAGUGGAGGCAUAUUUUAUUUUUUAUUUUCGAAAAUGGGUAUAUAUGUUUUACAAGUUACAACAAUUAGAUGUGUUUGUUUGUAAACUAACCACCCCAAAACCCAAAGGAAAACCAAAAACCUGAAAAGAAAAGGCACAGAAAUGGCGACAACUCCUUCUACGAAGAGAUGGCUUCCUCUCGAAGCAAACCCUGAUGUUAUGAACCAGUUUCUUUGGGGACUUGGUGUUUCCCCGGAUGAGGCAGAGUGCUUUGAUGUUUAUGGACUUGACGAAGAACUCUUGGCAAUGGUUCCACAGCCGGUACUCGCUGUGUUGUUCCUCUACCCCAUAACGCCAAAGAGUGAGGAAGAGAGGAUUCAACAAGAUAGUUCGACAAAGGAAUCUAGUGGUGGACCUUACUUUAUGAAGCAAACUGUAGGAAAUGCCUGUGGAACUGUUGGACUUCUUCAUGCUGUUGGUAAUGUAACUUCUGAGAUAAAACUUGUUGAGGAGUCUUACCUGGACAAAUUCUUCAAGGCCACUGCAAAUAUGGAUCCCUCACAGCGUGCGAAAUUCCUCGAAAAUGAUAGAGAAAUGGAAGAUGCUCAUUCAGUUGCAGCAACUGCUGGUGAAACUGAGGCAUCAGAUAAUGUCGACACACAUUUCAUUUGCUUUACAUGUGUAAAUGGACAACUGUAUGAGCUCGAUGGAAGGAGGGCUGGGCCUAUUUCACACGGUGCAUCCUCGAGUAACACCAUAUUACAGGAUGCUGCUAAAGUAAUUCAAAAGUUUAUCCAGAAAAACCCUGAUUCGAUCAACUUCAAUGUUAUUGCUAUUUCGAAGAAAACAUAGAGUUAUGUGUGGGAGGCGAGAGCAGCUUGUGUUGGUGACAGAUUUUGAGGAACAUCAACUGUUUUCUACUUGUAGUUUUCUAAUUUAGGAGUCUAUUGGUAUAUGGCACAAGUGGAUUCAUAUAAUGUGGCUUGAUUCCUUUUAUAACAUUUGUGCGUAUGCAUGUUAUUGAUUGCAUGCAUAUGUUUACAUGUCACAAAUUGUUAUGAACCCAACUUAUAUGAAUGUGGUAGUUUCACUGAUA